AGUGACAUCAGUCAGACCAUGUCCACCAUCUUCUCCCCUCUCUGAACUUCUCGAUGUGAGCUGAAAUGGCGGCAGCACCUGGUAUAAGGAGGGUGAUCGUCCUAUACGAUGGCACAUGGUGCGGCCGCACAACCAACACCAGGAGCAAUAUCCACCUCCUCGCAACAAUGAUCGGGGUCAAUAUGGCAGCGCCAGCCUUCAUACUCCUCGCCACCGGGCUCGCCGCAAGAUAUACGGGCCAGAUACUUCGACGGAGUCGGCUCGAACGGCAAGUUUACGAACUACCUGUGGAAUGGCGCCUUUGCAACGCAGGCGAGAGACGAAUGCACCGAGGUUUACAGGUUCAUUGUCCAGAACUUCACUUGGGACCACCAUGUUCACACUAAGGUAUGGAUGUUCGGCAUCAGCCGAGGAGCCUACAUCGUCAGAUCCGUUGCCGGUUUGAUCAACAAUUGCGGCAUAAUUAUACAAAAUCCAGCGAACACUGCUCUCAUCGAUCAGGCCUACAGCCUGUAUCGGAACCCACACCCAAUCCACCACCCAUCAUCGCCCGAGAUGGUCGAUUUCAGAUCGAGAGUCAGUCACGCAGUACGGACACCAAUAAAGUUCAUGGGCAUUUUCGACACUGUCGGGAGUCGUGGCAUUCCAAGGCUGAACUACGACACUGGAACAGGAUUCGAGUGGCCCGAGUUUUACGACAACGUGGUGUCGACUGUGGUAGAGAAGGUCUACCAUGCCCUGGCGAUCCACGAUAGGUUUUGGAUAUUUGAACCAUGCCUAGCAUCAAGGGACCCGAGGCAUACAGCUCUCGCUAACCUCAGGAUCUCCCAAAAGUGGUUUCCAGGCUGCCAUUACGACCUCGCGAGGCAGGAGUUCCAGUUCUUUCGGGAAGGAGGCAGCUGGCUGGAGGCGAUUAGCUUUCCUAUUCUCAACUUAUUCAGCAAAACUGUCACGCCUAAUCAUAAGCUUGCAGACAUGGUCUUGAUAUGGAUGCUUAAAGGCAUCCGCGCAGAGGGAGGUGGCGACAUCAUAGGCUCAAACACCAACGGACCCGUUCCUCUGAUCCCCAUCCAGACGGCAAUUGACAACACCAUCCAACGCCUCAUCAAUCAGAGUCCAACUGGUACUGGGGACAUGUACGCGGACAUCGUCAGCUACCUCCCGGGGGGAAGGUUUUUUUCACCUCUCGUGAACUGGCUCGGGAGGCUCGACGAGACUCCGUAUGCUAUUCUAUUCAAACCAGUGGAGAGGAUGAUACCCGACCAUGGCAUGAAUAGUAUAGCUGGGGCCCCUAUUUGGAACCAGGUCUAUGACUACGAUGCACCUGAUACCAGUCUUCCAGGCCAUCCUAUACUUCGAGCCAUUGCCGACAUCGACGUUGGGCGCUAUCCGUCGAGGACGUUGGAAAAAUUUGUCGCGUAUAUGAAUGGGGUUGGGCGGCCUUGGAGAGGCUAGGGAACGCACUGAUCAAGAGGGUCUAGUUAAGCAAUGCUACGAACAAACACGAUUGGGCGAGGAGCAACGACUGAGCGGAGAAACCGUGGACCGGGAAAAGGAUCACUGGGAUCUCUGUGAUGCAGCAAGGGGAUCACUGGAAAGGGAGUAAUCUAUAGUCUAUAUAAACGGACAGUCCUUACAGCUGAAUAGUUGGUCUUAAUUGCCUUCUAACGAUUAACCAAA